AUGGGUCCCGGCAAGAAGAACCUCAAGGCGACCAAGAAGUUCGAGAAGAGCAAUCUCAAGGGUGUCUUGGACAGGAGAAAGGCCGUCGCCAAGAUUAAACAACGGCAGCAAAUCAAGGAUAAAAAACAAGCUCGGCGAGCAAAGGACGCCGAGUUUUAUAAAGGCACUGACGAUGGAUCGACACCGGGUCGGAAGCCAAAUGGCGCCGAGGGAAAGAAGAGCGGCGAGAUGAGCGUCGACGACUUUUUCCGGGGCGCAUUUGACGAAAUUGUCAACAGCAACGAGAGCAAACCUGGCAAACCUGGCAAGCGCAAGAGGAGCGAGCACAAAGCGGAUGACGAGGAAAUGAGCGAUGGUAGCGGCUCUGGUAUGGAUAACGGUGAGCCGCCGGCGGCUAGUGAAAGCGAGCACGGCAGCGACGAUGACGAAGAAGGCGGCAUGAGCAAAGGAACCAUGGAUAAGCUGGCCGAGAAAGAUCCCGAGUUCUACAGAUUCUUAAAGGAUAACGAUCCGGAGGCGCUGGACUUCGAUGAUGACGCGGACUUGGCAGAGGUUGAUGAGCUUAGUGCCGGCGAGGAGGAACACGAUGAAGAGCAGCCCAAAAAGAAGAAGCAGAAGAAGGCCAAGGCCAAUGCAGAACACGACCAAGAAGACGGCGAGCCUCCCCGGGGCAACGAAUUGACCAGAUCUGCAGUUGCUGGUUGGCGAAAAGCCAUGGAGGAAAAGAAGUCGUUGAGAGCAGCUAGACAAGUUGUUCUUGCAUUUCGAUGCGCCGCCCGCUUGAAUGAAGACGAAAAUGACGAGGGCGAAACCCAGCAACGCUGGGCUAUCAACAGCCCAGAGAUCUACAAUGACCUCCUGAUCCUGGCACUGAAGCACAUCCCCGUGGUAAUGAACCACCACCUGCCCAUCAAGGAGUCUGCCUCCGGCAGAGUCUACGUGCAGACCGAGACCAAGAAGUUCAAAACAUUGUCGCUUUUGCUCAAGUCUUACACCUCGUCAAUCAUGUACCUCCUCGGCACUCUGUCCGACGACAAGACCCUCAAGCUGACCCUUUCAUCCCUGACACCCAUCCUUCCGUAUCUCCUGUCGUUCAAGAAACUCGUCAAGGCGCUGUCCAAAGCCGUCGUCAACUUCUGGGCUCAGCCGGCCAGCUCAGAAACCACCCGAAUCACGGCGUUUUUGGUCCUUCGCAGGCUCGCCGUAAUCGGGGACAAGGGCAUUCGUGAGAUGGUCCUCAAAGCAACAUACCAAGGCCUCGUUCAAGGCUGCCGCGUCACCAAUCACAACACCAUCCAGGGCAUCAACCUGAUGAAGAACUCGGCCGCAGAGCUCUGGGGCAUCGACCCGGCAGUCGGAUACACGACGGCCUUCACAUUCAUCCGCCAGCUCGCCAUCCACCUCCGCAACAGCAUAGUCAACAACAAGAACGACUCCUUCCGCAUGGUGUACAACUGGCAGUUCACGCACUCGCUCGACUUUUGGUCCUGCGUCCUCGCCGAGCACUGCUCUCCGCUCAAGGAAGCCGAGGCCGGCAAGGAGAACCAGCUCAAGCUCCUCAUCUACCCCCUCGUUCAGGUCACGCUCGGUGCGAUGAGCCUCAUUCCCACCGCCAUCUACUUCCCCCUCCGCUUCCACCUCGUCCACUCGCUGCUGCGCACCUCCCGCGCAACAGGGACCUACAUCCCGCUCGCCUCCCCGAUCCUCGAGGUCCUCUCCUCGGCCGAGAUGAAGAGGCCCCCCAAGGCAACCACUCUCAAAGCCCUCGACUUUGCCGUCGCCUACAAAGCACCCAAGUCGUAUCUCCGCACCCGCAUCUACCAGGACAACGUCGGCGAGAAAAUCGUCGAGCUUCUGAGCGAGUUCUUCCUUCUGUGGUCCACGUCCAUCGCCUUCCCGGAACUGGCGCUCCCCGUCAUCAUCCAUCUCAAGCGGUGGCUGAAGCAGGCCCGCUCCAAAAACCAGGGCAAUAAGAACGCCAAGCUCAUUUCCCAACUCGUCACCCUCGUGCAGAAGCUGGAAGCGAACGCAAAGUUUAUCGAGGAGCGCCGCGCCAAAGUGGACUUUGCGCCCAAGGAUCGCACACAGGUUGAUGCGUUUUUGAAGGACUUUGACGUGGCCAAGACGCCGUUGGGGGCGUUUGUCGUGAGCCAGAGGAAGGUGCGCGAGGAGAAGAGCAAAAUGUUGGAGCAGGCGAGGAAGGAGGAGGACAGAAAGAGGAUGGAGGGCGAGAGGGGCGUCGACGAGGAGAGCGACGAUGAAAUGGAGGUUGAUGGUGAGGACGAAAUUGGCGACCAGGACAACGGCGAGGUUGAGAUGGAGGACGACGACGGAGACAGCGAGUAA